GGGCUUGUGCUUGGGUCGGGGCUCUGCUGAUUAUUGUGAUGUCGUCUGCAUAUACGAGGAGGUAGGAAUGUGGUGGAAUGGUGAGAUCAGACAUCAAGAUAUUGAAAAGCAGGGGGCUGAGAGUUGAGCCUUGAAGGAUGCCUCGGUGGAUGGUGCAAGAGGACGACAAGGAGGCACCAGCAGCUACACAGUAUGUCCUGCCAGACAGAAAAGACUGUAGCCAGGACAGAGGAAAGCCAGUGUCGCAGAUGUGAUAUUCAAGCUGAGCAACGACAUCUAUGGUGCCUCGCCCAGGCCUAAACCCACACCGUUCCUCUUUCAGAAGGUGUUGGGCCUCUAGCCACCAGUAUGAUUGGGGAAAAUGGAGGGGCAAGAGGAGCGGGUUCUGGAUGAACAGGAGUGGCAUGUGGAGGCAGCAGCUGUCAUCCAGGAUGUGAAGGAGUGUGUUUCUCACAUGUCUGUGGCUGCUCUGCAUGCCUCAAAUGCUGCCAUUUACUUCAACCUCACCACCAAAGAGGAGAACCAUUACUGUGUUGAGCUCACUGCCUCAGGGUUCAGAAUUGUGGGUAACAGGUUUGACAACCAGUCGGAACCCUCUGAGAAGUACUUUGAGACUCCCUAUGCCCUCCUGGACCAAAUAAGUCCACUGUACCGUGAGAGCUUUGGUUUAGUGUUGGCAGCCAGACUUUCAGCUCUCGUCUCUGCUGAGGAAGAAGAUGUCAAAGGUGCUGAGUAGUUGUUCAGAUCUGGCUGACUCAGACAAAGGCAUUAGGGACUAAGAGAGAUUGUGCAAA